AUGAAAGAUCCGACUAUAUACUAUGGUCUUCACAAUUUACAAAGAAUAAUCUCACAAGAGGGCGCUGCUGGGGAUCCAAAACAGUUGUCUUUUUCAAGUAGUCAGCUGAGAGAGAACAUUAACUACGUGAUAAUAAUCACAGCAACAAAUCGUUUUGGUGGUGAAUCUUACCUUCCAUCCACUCACCGGGUCAAACGUGUAACGAAACCAUUGGCUCUUACAUUACAAGGCCCAAAUGUCGUCGAUGCUCAACAUGACAUCACAUUCACUGUUUUUGUUGACAUCUGUGGAGAUUUGGACAUGACGACAUCAAAUCUUCAAUUCACGUGGUCUCUUUUUCCUCCAAUCAUCGACUUAAGUAGAUUUAUUGGAACUACAGCGACAAUCCCUAAAGGAUAUCUUCAGCUAGCCAACACUUAUAACAUAUCAGUAGAAGUGUCUGUAACAAAUGACCAGAGUCAAUGGAGUGAUGUAACCCAAGCCAUUAGGGUUAAGAAAAUGAAUCUACAAGCCGUUAUUAGUUCGUCAAACCUUGUUGUUGGAGACAAAACACCUUUCAAACUAGAUGGUGCUCUAUCUUCUGAUCCAAGUAACGCUGCUGGUGAACUCCAGUUUUUAUGGUCUUGCACUGACCGGAUGACCUCCAGUUCUUCCUGCUUCGAAGAUAAUCUAUUAAUCAAUGACCAGAUCCUUACUUUACCAGCAGGAGUACUUUUACCAAACAUGUACCUCAUUACACUGAAAGUUUUCAAGGGUAUUCGAAGUUCUGAAAGCCACACUUUGGUCACCAUACGCCAGGGAGAGUUGCCUGUUGUCUACGUCAUCAAACGUAAGACAGGUCGAAUUAACCCUGACGAGAGACUUAUUGUUGAAGGCUACGUCAGCAGUCGAGCCAACGUAACACUUCGUUGGGAGGUAGUGACUGAGAAAG